AGUAAUCACAUUUUCGUUCUCACUACUAACCGGUGCAUUUGUUGAUUGGCAAUAUCACUUUUCCUUAGAUAUGUUUAAUUUUUUAUUCUGUUCAAUUAAAUGCCAAUUAUUUCUUUUGUAAUCCGUUAUCUUUUAUCAAUCUUCUCUAAAUCACGCAAGAGAUCUGUUAUUUACACGUGGUUCAAUUUACACCAAUAAUAAUAGAUUCAAUUAUGGCUAGUGUACUUGUUGUUGGUGGCGGAGGUCGAGAAAAUGCCAUUGCUUGGAAACUUUCAUUAUCUACUCAAGUAAAAAAAAUUUAUAUAACACCCUAUAAUAUUGGAGCGGCUCUUUUGCCUCAGGUUGAGUCAGUUGAUUUAGAUAUUAGUAAUUUUAAGGUUUUAGCUGAAUGGUGUAUUCAAAAAUGCAUUGAUUUAGUUGUUGUUGGACCAGAAGAUCCACUUGCAUCAGGAAUUGCUGAUAUAUUAGCUAUUCAUAAUGUUGCUUGUUUUGGUCCAUCAGCUAAAGCAGCUCGCAUUGAAAGUGACAAAGAAUGGGCUAAACAAUUUAUGGAUGAUUUUGACAUUCCAACUGCUAAAUGGAAAUCAUUUACUGAUGUAAAACAAGCUACUGAAUAUGUUUAUUCAGCUGAUUUUCCUGCUUUAGUAGUAAAAGCUAGUGGACUUGCUGCUGGAAAAGGUGUUGUAGUUGCUUCAAACAAACAAGAAGCAUGCUUAGCAUUAGAUGCAAUUUUAACAGAAAAUCGAUUUGGUAAAGCUGGACAAACUGUUGUUGUUGAAGAAUUAUUAGUUGGAGAAGAAGUUUCAGUUUUAUGUUUUACUGAUGGAACUAAUAUUAAUGUUAUGUUACCUAGUCAAGAUUAUAAAAGAGCAUAUAAUCAAGAUAAGGGGCCAAAUACAGGAGGAAUGGGUGCUUUUUGUCCUUGUUUUAAUAUGUCACAAGAAGAAUUAAAUGAAGCAAAGAAUAUUUUACAAAGAGCUGUUGAUGGGCUUCAAAAACGUGGAAUGCCCUUUGUUGGUGUAUUAUAUGCUGGACUAAUGGUAACUAAUGAUGGAAUAAGAGUUUUAGAAUUUAAUUGUCGUUUUGGUGAUCCCGAAACUCAAACAAUUUUACCGUUAUUAGAAACUGAUCUUUAUGAAAUAAUGAAAUCUUGUGUUAAUGGAACCUUGAAUAAAGUAAAAGUAGAAUGGAAAUCUGAUCAAUUUUGUGUUGGUGUUAUGAUGGCUAGUAGAGGAUAUCCACUUACAUCUAGCAAAGGAGAUGUAAUAUCUGGCCUAUCAUCAGUUACAAAAGGUAUGGUUUUCCAUAGUGGUACUAAGUUAAAUAACUAUGGUGAAUUAGUGACAAAUGGUGGGCGUGUCUUAAUUGUUGUUACAAUGGAUCAAGAAUUAGUUUUAGCAGCUGCUAGAGCUACAAUGGCAUGUGGACGAAUAAUGUUUAAUGGUGCACACUUUAGAACUGAUAUUGCUCACAGGGGCAUAGCUAGAGCAAUAUUAGCUAAAGGUGUUACAACUUAUAAAUCAAGUGGGGUUGAUAUAGAAGCUGGCAAUGAUUUAGUUCCAAUAUAUAAAGAUUUAGUAUCUGUGACAAAACGUCAAGGAGUUUUAGGAGAAUUAGGUUCAUUUGGAGGAAUGUUUGAUCUUAAAGCUGCUGCAUUCAGAGAUCCAAUUCUUGUCUCAAGCUCUGAUGGAGUUGGCACUAAAUUGAAAAUAGCAUUAGUAUGUAAUAGUCACAAAGCUAUAGGACAGGAUCUUGUUGCUAUGUGUGUCAAUGAUAUAGUAGUUCAUGGAGCUGAGCCUUUAUUCUUUCUUGAUUAUUUUGCGACAGGACGUUUGGAAGGUGGAAAUGUAAUUGAAGUUAUAAAAGGCAUAGCAGAUGGCUGUCGUCAAGCUGGAUGUGCACUUAUAGGAGGAGAAACAGCUGAAAUGCCGGGUAUUUAUCAUACUAAUGAUUAUGAUGUUGCGGGAUUUGCAGUAGGAGCUGUUGAAAGGGAAAAAAUAUUACCUAAAAUCAAUGAUAUUGUUUCUGGUGAUAUUGUUAUUGGCUUAGAGUCUAGUGGUCCUCAUGCAAAUGGAUUUAGCUUAAUUCGUAAAAUUAUGGAAAGAGGUUGUCACAAUUAUUCUGACGAAGCACCUUUUAGCUUAGAUAAAAAAACAUUUGGAGAAGAAUUCUUGACCCCUACAAAUAUAUAUGUUGAGCGAGUCUUACCAGCAAUAAGAAAUGAUCACAUUAAAGCUUUAGCACAUAUAACAGGCGGGGGUCUCUUAGAAAAUAUUCCACGCAUCUUACCAGAAAAUAAAAAAGUUGUUUUAGAUGCUACCAAGUGGGAAAUUAAGCCAGUAUUUGGUUGGAUAGCAGCAACAGGUAGUAUCAAUGAAAUAGAAAUGUUGCGUACAAUGAAUUGUGGUCUUGGUAUGAUCUUAAUUGUGGCCAAAGAGUUUGUUGAUGAUGUGUUAGUACAUACAAAUGGUAAAAUUGUUGGUGUAAUUGAAGAUAAAAGUAAAGAUGACUGUCCUGUAGUAGUCACAAAAUUUGCAAAUGCUAUGGAGCCAAUUAUGCGCCCACAUAUACAAACUUAUGUAGCUUCAAGGAUGCAUCCAAAAAUGAGGGUAGCUGUUCUUAUAUCAGGUAGUGGAACAAAUUUACAGGCUUUGAUUGAUGCAACUACAGACGAUCCUUCUAUGAUGUCAGAAGUAGUUUUGGUAAUAUCCAAUAAACCUGAUGUUGAAGGUUUAGAACGAGCUAAAAAAGCUGGAAUUUUAGCUCUGGAAAUAAAUCAUACAAAUUAUAAAACUCGAGAAGAAUUUGAAAGUGUAAUGAUGAAAGCUUUGGAACAAACACAAAUAGAUGUUGUUUGUUUAGCUGGUUUUAUGCGAGUAUUAACCAAACAUUUUGUAAAUAAAUGGAGAGGACGAUUACUCAAUAUACAUCCAUCUCUCUUACCAUUAUUUAAGGGACUUGAUGCUCAAAAACAAGCACUUCAGUCAGGUGUUCGAGUUGCUGGUUGCACUGUUCACUUUGUUGAAGAAGAAAUAGAUGCAGGUGCUAUAAUUGUACAAGAAGCAGUAACUAUCAGCAUAGAUGAAACUGUUGAAAGUCUCAUUGAAAAAAUUAAAUCAGUUGAACAUAUUGCUUAUCCAAAAGCUUUAAAGUUAUUUGCAACAAAUCAAGUAUAUUUAGAUAAAGAUAUUGGUAAAACUAAAUGGCUGACUAAUUCAAGUGAUGUUUACAGAAAUAUUGUUUAAAGUUAAAGUUAAUUAAUUGAAUCUCGAACAAUUUAUUAUUGAUUAUUGUGAAAUGAUUAUAAAACAUUAUUUUACCACUAAGGUUACUCAUUUAGUCUUCCAUCUUUUUUAUUGUUAGUAUAAAGUAUUCAUUAUUUUUACCAUGUAAAAAUAUUACAUUUUUUAUUAAUCUUUAUUUUUAUUUUUUAUUUUGUUAUUUUUAUUUAUAUAUUUCAGAUGUAGUUAUGAUUGAAAUUUGUUAUUUUGUUGAAAUUUAAAUAAUUAUAACACUUUGAUCAUUA